AUGGCAUACUUCUCUCGAGCUCUCCGCCCGGUAGCCCGGCGCCACCUUUUCGCCCCUCUUACCCGCCGUGCCUUCCUCUCCUCAAAGUCCGGCGCCAGUUCACCAGGCCCGACUGAUCCGCAAUCCGAGGCCGAACUUCAAGUCGGCGAACUGCAGGGCGCCAAGUUUCGCAUCGAACCCCUGCGGAGGGUGGGCGAAGAUGCGAAGACCACACGCGCCCGUCUCCUCUACCAAUCUCGAAAACGCGGCACUUUGGAAUCCGACCUCCUCCUCUCCACCUUCGCCGACGCCCACCUCCCCACCAUGUCCGUGGAACUGAUGUCCGAAUACGACCGCUUCCUCGACGAGAACGACUGGGACAUUUACUACUGGGUCACUCAAGAGGAAUCGCAAGAGCAGCAACCCCGGGACCUCGACACCGCCACUUUCGCCAGCGGCGAGGCCUACCGCGGCGUGCCCCCCGGGUCGCGAAAGACGGUCGAUGCCGGCGCUUCCGACCCGCCCGUAGGCCAGGACAUUCCCGUCCGGCCGCGACCCGAGGGCGAGUGGGCCCAGACCGUGGGUACCUUCAAGCCGGCCUACCGUCCUGUCCCGUCGCGCUGGCGUGACAGCGAGAUCCUCCGCCUGCUCCGGGAACACGUUCGCAGCCGAAGGGCCGAUCCCAGCUCGGGGAAGGCCGGAGGUCAGACAGGGGAGGGCAUGGCAUUCAUGCCCCCUCUCUUUGACGUCCAGAGCACUGGGAAAUCAUGA